AUGCAACGAGACUAUGAAUCACGAAUUGUCCAAGCCAGCAACGAUAACUAUGAAGAUGCUGCCAAGAAGGUUGCAAUGUAUCAACUUCGCAUGGUUUCCAUGGAGAACCAAAUGAUCAAGUUGGAGAUAGAGGCUCAGGAAGCAAAUGACCUGAGGGAUGAAGUGAAGAGAAAUCGAUCAGCAUACGCAAAAUUGGUCGAGAAGCACAAUAACAUGUGCGAUGUCUCAAUGGCCAAUCUGGAUCGCUUAAAUUGCCUGAAUAAAGAGAAAGCUGAAGAAAGGGAAAGAUCUGUGGAAAUGAUUGAGAAGUAUGAUGCAGAACUUAGAGCAGCAAAGACGAAAGAACAUCAAGUAAGUAACCUCAGAGCCGAGUUGGAACAUUUGAGGAGGUCGCAUGAAAUCGGAAUGAGAAACCAUGAGGAAAAUUACAUAGCCAUGAUCGGUGAACUGAGGGAUUCCGAAGCAAUCAUGAUGGAAAGGAUGAAUGUCGAAUUGAAUAGUAUCAGUGAUGAGUUGAACUCGGAAAGACAACGUCAUGAUAACCUUCGGUAUCGUCACAAGAUACUCAUGGAUCGAACUCAUAGCAGUCCUGCGAUCACUGAUGGCGUGAUGAGCUCGUCAAUGAACGAACUCGAAAACGAGCUCGCCGUAAGCGAACGUUCCCUUGAUGCCUCACGAAGCGAAGCAUCAGCUCUCCGCAGCCACAAUUCCCAUUUGGAAUAUCGGGUAAAGAGUCUCCAAUCUGGAAUUCGGAAUGAAUAUGGUGUACAGGAACAGAACUCCAUCGACCGCGACUCCGAGAUGAAGGAGGUGAUCAGACAGAGAAACAGCUUACAAGAGCAAGUAUCCAAUCUGAAUGGAGAUCUAUCAGAAUUGGAACGUAAACUUAGGGAACAAAUGAGUGGACCCAUGCUUGAGGAUAGAGGUAUGGUACCUGAAUCAGCGACCCUACGUUUACAAUUGGAAAGAAGAAAUCGAGAAUUUACAUUACUGUCUGAGAACGAAGAAUCAAAACUCAAGUUCUUUGAGGAUCAGAUGAAAUCAAGUAAAUUACUAGAACAGAUGACCGCAUUUGAUCUGAAGAACAUGAAAAAGGACCUCCAGAGUGCGAAGGAAGAACGUGACAAACUGCGUUCAGAGCUCGCAGCCCCACCAGGUCUUGGUGGAGUGUCGAUGUACCAUUCUAUGAGUGGGCUUCAAUCACCCAUGUCAUCGAAUGGAAUCAAUGAGUCCAGUACCACCAAUCAUUUGAGGACUGAAUUGAAUGUGAUGCAGUCAAGAAUGAUUAGGGAGCGAGAGGAAUGUAGCAAGAUGAGGCUGAAAGAAAUGGAAGAGCAAACGUUGUUCAAAGAGAUGGAAAGAGAAGCCGACCAUCAGAAGGCUAGAGCUAACAAAUAUCGUGAUCGGUCUGAUGAGUAUCAAGUAUGGUACGAACAGGAAGAACAGUUUGCCGAGGAAGAAGAGGCUGAGGUCCGAGCUGCGACAUCCGAGCAUUCGUCUUCCAAAGUGACAAGGAAGGAAGCCGACAAGAUCGACAUUCGUGAUUGGCCUAAGCUGAACGACAUCAGCGUAUGGAAAUCGAAUGUAGUUCAAGCGGUCUACACUGCAUCAGCUGAUGAUGGCUUGCAGAAGUGGAGUGAUUGGUUGAAACCGGCCAUGGAUAGAUUCAAGCACGAUCCUGACAAGAAAGGGAUGAGCAAGAAGUCGAAUGCCACACCAGCUCUUGCUUCCUAUGAUUUUUGUAGUGGUGAUGAAGACAUGAAUGAGGACAUUGGUGUUUCGAAGAUUGCAAUCUUGAGGAGAUGUUCGAAAGGGAAAGUUCGAUUUGAUGAUCAUCCCGAGAUAAUCAAGAUUCGAUAUGAAGGAUAUGAUCCGAAGGUCAUGAGGGAUUGCAGCACCAAAAGUGGUAAAGGUAAGAAACAGUACACCACUGCAGAACUUAUGAAUGAUCAACAGUUCGUUGAAGAGAACCAUCUUGCCAAGUUGUCAGCGCGUGCGCAGGCGAUCAUCUUGGAUGAAAACAGUGACAUGCAGGGAAUAGAUGAAGUCCUUAUUGUCAUCGGCCCACAAUACGACAGGAUGAUCACUCUUAAUGCGCAUGUGGAAGAGGAAGACUUUGGUGAAAUGAUAUUCCAAGAGACGUUUGUUCGACACCAAUCUGCAAAGGACGGACAAGAUGGGAUGAAAUCCACUAAGGUGCAAAGUGAGCAAUCGAUGGAUGAUGGCGAUGAUCAUGUGGUCUACGACCCAGAUCGAGAAAAGCAUCGAGCGAGAAAAGAUGAUCAUGUGGCCCACGGCCCAGAUCAAAAGGAGCAUCACUUAGGCACCCAUCGUUCGAACCAAAAGAGAUUCAAGAAGAAAUCGAAGGAGAAUAAGAAAUCGCAUCGCGAAAUCACAUCCGAUUGGUCAUCGCUGUCCGAUGCCGCAGCAGCUACAGAAGAUGGCGACGGUGACGACAAUGAGGAUGAGUACGAGCCUAGUAUCUUGGAUCCUGCAGAAUUAGGCGAGGAUGUGGUCCACGACCCACCCGCACUCACCGUAGGUGGUCUACGACUCCGGAGUAACCUCAUCGGCGCGCCCGGACAGUACGAGUGGGUGAGUAAGCGAACGCCAAACGUGUGUCUACGACUCCAUUGGCUAGUAGUUGAAAACCUUAUCGUGCUUGUCAGAGCCAUGGUGCAUUCUACAGGACAAAAUCCAAAAGUGAUGAUGGACAACCUCCUCAAUGCAGUACAAGACCGAGUCAGGUUCAUCAUGACAGGAGACAGCACAGUCAGACUACUGCCUCCCAAAAUUGGUACAAUCGACGAAAACUUUCGCGAGUGUUCCGAGGGCACCAUCGAUGCCUGGAUUAGUUUCGGAGUGAACCCAGUCGUAGUCGUAUCUGCUGCAUUCGUGUCCCAGCGACGCAAUGCAAGACACAUACAGCAUACAGCAGCUCUUCUCAAGAAAUUCCUACUGCAGGUGAAGGAUGAAGGUGAGAAGGCGGCUAACGCACGUGAAUUUAUUGCCAGAGCGACCAAAGCGACGAACACCAUGAAACUACAUGCGAAGAAAAUCAUGAUGAAACGGGAUGUACGAGAUACGGAUGAAGGGAAACAGUUAUUGCUGCAUAAAGUCAUCUCGGAGGAGUGUCUUGCCAGGAUCAGUGAAUUUUGGGAUGUCCUGAAGGAAUUCUACUGCCCCAAGCCGAUCAGUCCAAAGAUUACAAUCUCCGAACUGACUGACGUGAUCAUUGAUUACGUGGCGAAGAUGGAGAUGGGAGGAAUGAUUCCAGUGAACAAGACAAUUCCGAAACCGGGUACAUCAUUGGCAUUGACCCGUGGGAAAGAUUUCCAUGACAUUGUCUACAACGUCUAUGACCUGACGCCCGAUGCUAAUGGAAGUGAAAAUGUAGACAACAUUAUCCAUCGGAUUGGGCACCACUUGAACGUUCAGUUGACCGGCCUCGGGUAUGCCUUGAGAAAACACAAUGGGAAACAUGCGGCGGACGACGGGAAGAUGAUCUUGAUCAAAGAUGUCCUUGAUGACUUCAUGUCGAUGAAUGAAAAUCUCCCGGUCGAGCGCGCCGCCGCCGUGAAUCAUUUGGCGUGCGUUAUGAUGGUUGGGAGAGCGCUUGGUGCGUGGCUGAUCAGAGGUCAAGAAGCUGUGUCAAUGCCAUCCAACCACGGGAACAUCAAGUUGCGAGCCCAGGUGGAGACUCUCAAAAGCUGGAAGGACGAAGUCUUGAUGUCGAUCGAUGUGCCUGAAGAGAUCUUCUUGAGCGCAGCAUACCACAUUGGAAGAGCAGAAGAUGCCAUCUAUGAUGCAAUCAGAGGCGUCUAUGAGAUGUUGUUGCACAAGAAGGACCAUGAAGGUGGAGAUUUCAAGAUCAAACUCAAUUUCGAUCAAAACAUUCAAAAGUUUAUCCUUUCUCACAUCCAGGGACCAAUGAUCAACACAAAUGGAUCUCCUACGGAUGCACAGUUGUGGCAGCAGUACACCAAGAGGCUCACGGCAUACCUGUGCACUGUGUUUGACCCAAUGCACCCCAAUUUGCUCACGAGUCAAGAUGAUGCUGAAAUGUCUGGAGACACAUGGCUUCGAUUGUACAAUCAUGUGUUGAAGGUCUCAGGUCUUAGGGAACUUGGGUACUACUUGAACACUGAAGCAAUGAUCGUACUCUCCGGCACCGCCACACCAAAUGAGUUCUCAACUGCAAUGAGGGAGCAAGCGAAGAAAAUCCGAAGUGAGAUCGGCAGUAAGCCCAUUGAUCAACCCUGGAUGAGGCCAAACCAGGACGGUCUUGCCGGACAUACCAGAGGAGGAACCACCAUCAUUCUCACUGAUCUGGUGUAUCGGGUGACUUCUGCAUCUAGGGCAGUGGAAGAUCUGUUCUCGGGAUUGAGCGAUUUGGGAUGGGAGACCAACGUCAUCAAUAUCGAACUCGGUGACAACAAUGCAUUAGGACGUCUCACCAAUGCCGUCAAGGAAGUGAUCAAGUUGGCAUCCGUCCGGAAGAUCUGCGUCAGUGCACCAGACCAAUCUUAUCGAGCCCUUCAACUGGAGAAGUUCCCCAAGCACAGAGAACUGCAGGUGGCCCAGGCUCCGCAAGAAUGUGCCUUGGAAAGAACCAACCAAGGAAACGAACGAAUUGAAGGUGAUGAGAUCGAGUCACGAACAUUGCACAGAACAUGCGGGGGUCAAGGGCAUCAGCAUCAACAAGAGGAGAAAAGACUUCGCUCUGAUCGCAAAAUGCGCAUUCAAAUUGCCCUCGAAAGGAUGGAGAUGGGACAAGGGCCAGAACUCAACAUCGAAUCCGAUCUCAAGAACUUUCUGCUUAAUGUAGCCCACGGUCUCAUAGGCAGCAAAGGACUCAGGGGAUUCUCAUAUGGUGAGUCGCUGAUGAAAACACUAUCGCACCUUGGUGGAGUACCUGUGCCUGUUGAAACAGUCAAAGGUGUGUUUCAAUCAAGAAGGGGCAAACAGUACUACUGUGAAAGAGAAAACGUCAUUGAUGGAACCACCGGGGAAGAGAUCAUGGUGUUUCGCUUGCUAAACGACAUCGGCAACGUGGCCUAUCAUGAUUAUCUCGUCGACCUUGCGGGGAAAGAUAAGAUUUCAGAUAUGACUGAUGGAAUGGGACUCAAGGCAGAGAAAGGAGGUGAUGUCGUCGAAUGCUGGCUUGGCAUGUUGGACGUCGCUUCCAGGACGAUGGAAGGUGUUGGCAUAGUGAUCCCUGGCGCUGAACGACCAGAAAAUAUGCUCACUGGUUUGAACACAUCCAUUGUGAAGUUCUGCAACUCGCCAAGAGUCACCUAUACUCCGAACCUAAAGAGGAACAGGAAUCAGUCAUUCACCUCAGAUGUCACCGGCGAAGAAAUCGAAGAAGUCAUGAGGAGAGCCAAAGAGAAAGACAUGUACAUGAGACCCAUGGAAUUUCCUGUUAUCUCCAAAAUGGACAAGGUAAGACUGCAGCACCGGAUCGACAUGAUCAGGAAGAGCAAAGCUGAGGGAACUGACGCAAGAUCCUCGCAGUCAGACGCCAGUGCUGAAGAAAAAGACUACCAAACCCAAUUUGAGGAACAGUUCCACGGGUCAGAUGACAAAGGUCGUCGACAGAGUGUGAAUGAUGCAUUGGGAGCAGUAUUCACUGCAUCCGAAGAGCAUGAGGUGUGUAUCUUUUGUGGCAAAUCUGACCAUGCUCACUACGAUUGCAGGCAUCCAUUGAAGGGUCAAAUUAAGGAGAUCUACAACAGGUUACGCGUCAUCAUCAACUCGCGGAUCGACGACGCUGGAAUCGACAGCGACGGACCAAAGAACUCAUCUCAGCUCGAAGAGAUCAUCGAAGACGCCAUUUCAAAGAAGGGCGGAUACAAGAUGAGCUGCAGCAAAUGGGAUGUGGUUCCCGAUCCAGAGGACGAUAAUGGAUAUUUCCACCGAAUCAAGUUGAACUAUGAGACUGGCUUUACAACCAUCAUCCCAACAAAAGGAUGCCGUUUUGAUGGGUAUUUCAAAGGGGAUCUUCAACAUGCUGGUGUGGAAUUCCGUCCGAAUGAACGAAUCGAUCUUAAUGAAAAUGAAAGGGAGAUCGGACGAAGAUUGAACAAGAUUCUCCGUCAUUACAUUGGCGCAAAGCAGAUCUCGGGAUUGGGAGGGAGGAAACAUGAAGGAGUACCAUGUGAUGCUGAGGCAUGGGUGGACAUUGAAGAUAUCUUUGCAUACCAUCAUAUUUGGGAAACUGUCUCAGAUUUCAGGUAUGUCAAGGGAGACAAUUCUCCUGCAAAUGCCAAAGAAGCGUUCAAUCGCUAUGAUCUGAUGGUCAAGACCAUCUAUUUGGAAAAGCGGACCAAACGAAAGACUCGCUUCCAGAUUUUGGCGCUCGCAAUGGGAGAGAAGGAUUAUAUCCCAAACUCAGCACUGAUCAUGGAUCACCGAAUGACAGACGUCACCAACAAGAUCUUCAGAAGCUCCACUUUUGGACCACGUUGCAAUGAAUUAUUCAUCACACCCCUUGCAAUUAGGGCAACCAGCGGAUGGAGCGAGCCUCGAGAACCGCAUGUGAUCCUAGAUGAAGAGGCACUUUCAUUGCCGAUAACAUUGCUAUGCACCCUCAACAUCAAAGGAGGAUUCCACACCUUUGAUUUUCACAAUCUAUCAAGCAUAGUCAAGCAUGGAUUACUGCCUGGGGGGAUGAAGAGGGGCAGGUCUCAACUGUUCUUCAACCCAUUCGCGCCAUGGGACCAAAGGAGCAAUAGCAUCUUAAUGACCACUGGAGUCUCGGCAAAAGUUCCUGCGGUGAUUUACAUCAACAUCAGCAAGCUGAUCGACUUCGGUGCAGGGAUGAGUCCAUCUGGACACAUCGUCACAACUAAGACGAUUCCAUUCAGCGCCUUUUCUGGCAUGUGGUACAUGGACGCUGAUGGAUCCUGGGUGAGGCUAUUGAACAGGAGAACAAACUCUUUCAUAGUUCGAAAGGUCACCAGUGCUAGGAUUCAGGCAAAGACGUACAAGAUCGCCAAAAUGGCAAGAGACAUCAUCAUAUCAAUGGAUGAUACUCGGUCCACGACCAGAUUGUCCAGAGAUGUAGAAGCUCUCUUGAAGAUCGAAUCCAUCUUUGAUGCGUCGAAUGAACAAUGCAAGCGCCUGAUUGACUUUGUUCUUGAUCAUUAUGUCACAAUGGAACCUGGGACGAGGUUAUGUCCCAGUUGCUUCACCGAAAUCCCAAUGGACAUCACAACUUGUUAUCAAUGUUGGGGCAGUUUGAUCGCGAUUGGCAAAGAGAUCAUUGACCUGACCGGUGGUCAAGGGCAAGGAGAUGAAGAAGUUCCAACUCGCAAACCUGCACCCAAAGCGAUGCCGCGGGACAAGGAAAAGGAGAAGCAAAUGGACGAAGGUGAUGCUAUGGACGAGGAAACGAAAGAAGAAUUCGCCCAAGCAUCAAAGGAAUACUACAAGUCCAAAGAGGAUGAACCCAAGUCCAGUGACGAUCAAGACGUACCGAUGGGCGAUGAAAGUGAAUACCAGAAUGCAUAUGACGACACAGUUCCGGAUUGGGAAGCUGAUGAUGUUGAAGAGGACGUCGAGAUGCAGGACACCGAAGGUGGUGACGAACCAAAGGAUAAAGAUGAAGAAGCGGAUUUUGAUGAAGAUUAUGCUGCGAAGGUACGCGAGAUCCCAUCAUGGUGCAAAUUCCCAUCAGUAGGAUCCAAAGUCCUUACCAAGAUCCAAUCGAUCGGUGUUGAUCCAAGCGAUCAGGCAGGGACUAUGAUGGAUGUAAUGCUGGGAAAUAUAGUCAAGAAGGCCUACAAUGCGUAUUACGCGUUCAUGAGGGACAAGGACUUCUUGGAAUACUAUGAGACGAUCCUUAAGAGAGGUAUGUGCAUCCCUGAGACACAAUUCAUGGUGCCUAUCGAACAGGACGCAACUGGUGUAACCACGGUCGAUGAGCAUGGUUAUCCAGCAACCCCGUCGCAAGAAUAUCUCGAAGAAUAUUUCGAUCGGAACGCAAAAUUGGUCCAAGCCAACCAUCCCGGUUGUCAACAACGGAUGGAGGCAAGAAUUGGCGACAGGAAUAAGGGCAUGUUCCUGGCUAUGGCAAGAGGUAUGAAACACAUACAAAGGAUCACACGAUAUCUCAUGGAGUGCGACAUGAAUGGGAAACAGCUGAGCUUCUUGUUAUCGGAUAACCGUGAAAGGGACAAAUAUCGGUCUGAUGACGAGAAGCUCACGCAGAUGAAAAUCAACCAGCAUUUCAUCCGCAGAGUAAUCUAUGGCGCAUUCAACGUCAAUGAUCGACCAGAAUUUGUAAACGAUGUCAGUCUACAGACUUUCAAUCAUGCGUACUUCCGAGAGGACAUCGAUGACCCAAGAUUCAUCCACUUCAAUCCUUUUGAAAUCUACUGCACGGCUCUCAAGACUCAAAGGCAUUAUUCAUUCCUCGUCACGAUGGUAUCGCAAGGUUUGACAUUGCCUGAAUACCUCAAGGACGAUUGGGAGAGAGGAAUGUACGGGUUCAAGAAUUCGGAUGAGGCGCUUCUUCCGGCCAACGUAGUCUCCAGUAUCCGAACUCUAGCUGUCAGAGGUGAUGAGCAAAAUGAACCCGCUCACGACGCAGCUGCAGAGGAUGAGCAAAAUGAUCAAACCAAGAGACAGAGAACGAGAUGA